GCAUUUUAUCAAACGCCACCUCUGCCCACCUUUAGAGCCGCCAACCUCUAGAGAUCCAACAUACCGCUUCUCUCAUAUACCUCCGUCAACUAAAAAAUCAAACCAUGUCAGUUAAACUCUCUCCGUCUACUCUUCUCUCUUUAUCACCGCCUCUCCUCCAUGCGCACCAUAGCCCUCCCCUCAUUUCCAUGUCUAUCCUACGCCGCCUAGCUCCAAACCACCUAACCACACACCUCAGGCACCACCACAGGCGGCGUCUAGCCACAGUUGCAGCUGCAGUACGGCAAGACACAACGAUCUGGACACAAGCGCCUCUGUCCGAGAUCGAACCAGCAGCCGAGUCACUCUUCCACGUGAGCAUCGACGUCUCUGACUAUCCGGACCUCGCAGCUUCUCACACACGUGCUGGGCAAUACUUACAGCUGCGCGUCCCCGACGUGGAGAAACCUUCGUUCCUGGCCAUCGCCUCGCCGCCGUCUUACGCAGCGGAAAAAGGUGCGUUUGAAUUUCUGGUGAAGAGCGUAGCGGGAUCGACGGCAGAGCUGUUGUGCGGACUUAAAAAAGGGGACGUGGUGGAAUUGAGCCAAGCUACGGGGAGAGGUUUCGAGAUUGAUCAAAUUGAGCCUGCAGGGAAGUAUCCUACGGUUCUGAUUUUCGCCACUGGAUCUGGCAUCAGUCCAAUUCGAUCUCUUAUAGAGUCUGGGUUUAGUGCCGAUAAAAGAUCUGAUGUGAGGCUGUAUUAUGGGGCUAGAAACAUUAAGAGAAUGGCUUACCAGGAUAGGUUUAAAGAUUGGGAAUCUUCUGGUGUUAAAAUUGUGCCAGUGCUAUCAAAACCAGAUGGCAGGUGGACUGGUGAAACUGGCUAUGUACAGGCUGCUUUUGCCAAGGCCAAGCAAAUUUAUAGCCCUACAGGCACUGGUGCUGUUCUCUGUGGGCAGAAACAGAUGACUGAGGAAAUAACGUCAAUUCUUGUGUCAGAUGGAGUCUCGAGUGAGAAAAUACUAAAGAACUUCUGAGAAUUAGAAACGAGGUUUAUCCUGUUGUAUUGUUUGUGGAGCAACAGUUAGUUGAUAGUGAUUCUUUAUUCCCGCUGCUGAAGAUGAAAUGUGCCGCUCAGCAAAUAAAACCACUUUUUGGAUAUUUGGGGAUCUUCGUUGUAUGUUGAAAUUGACAGAUCAGAACUGCAAGCAGAUAAGUUAUAGGAUCCAUAACUCAGUUUAAACCCUUAAUUUAUCACAGAAUUCUGUGUGAUCUAAGAGGAGGACAUGUUGAUGUGAAUCAGUGUAAGCGACGCCUGUUAAGCUUUUCAAACGCCUAGGAUGGAUGAUAUAAUUACCGAAUAUAAUCCAGACAGGAGCCUGCAGAAAUUCUCUC